GAUUCGAGUUUGAAACGGGAUUCAGUUGGAUGGUUAAAUUUCAAGGGAUCAGUAGUUUGACGCGUUCUAAGCAAUUUCGUUUACCAUCUUGGAGAGCACGUGUGUAGUAGCACGUCCAACUAUAAUAUCUUUAGUGCUUCUACACAUCUAAUCGAAUUCCGAUACGUGAAUUUGAUUGGUAUGUAACGAGUGGACAAUUUUUCAAAAAAUUAAUUUAUUUUGUCUACGUAACACGUGCUCUCCAUUUUUUUUUUCCCUUUUUGUAAAUUCGAUACCAGAAUCAAUUGGUGCUUUCCUGAUCAAGUUAACGGCACAUCUUGUAGAAAGUUUCAUCGUAUCAAAGGUGAAAGUAUCACAACGAGACAUCUCAACAUCGAAUUUCUGUACGGCUUUUAAUUACACACUUUACAAUGAAUAAUAGCCAAAAUUAUAAUCAGGGAAUGAAUUUCUUUGGAAAUUAUGCUACGCCAGAAAGGGAACAAGAUGCGAACGCAGAUCAACAACAGGCGAACAAUCAAUAUCAGUCGUUCGCUAAAUCUGGUUAUUCUAAUGCAAGUUCACCAGACACUUCCUCCGGAAGCAGUAGUAACUCUCAAUGUUGCAGUCAAUCUCCAGAAAAUUUUAACGUAGACUCAUUAAUUAAUACACUAUUACAAGUUGUAAACAGUGAUACUUUUAAUGUACCAAAUUCUUGUAACGCCAUUCAAUUGUCGCAAAAUGGAAUGCCAACUAACAAUAGAUGUAGUGAUUGUACUGACACACUUUGUAAUUCAUGUUCUAAUCGAAUUUUGAAUCCUCCGGAAUUAAAUCAAGAAAAUGAAUAUAAUUAUAAUAAUACACCGGAAAUAUCGAGUCCAAUAAUGAAUGUACCAAGUAUGAUUCCUCCAAGAUUACCAUUUUACUGCGAUCUUCAUCGUGAUGGCCAAAAAUUUUAUUGCCAAACUUGUAGCAAACCUUUUUGCGUUGAUUGUGAAUUUCAUUUCCAUCAUGUACAUGUCACUAUAAAUUUGAUGGAUGCUAUAGAAGGUGCUGGAAUUCAAGCGAAUCAAGUAUUAAAAGAAGCUAGACUUGGAAUAACAAUACUCAGGGAAGAGUUAGAUGCUAUUCAAAUAGCUGCAGAAAUAUUGGAACAAAAAGCAAGACAGGCAGCUGCAGAUGUGAUGCUAUGUGUCAGAAGAGUAGCUUCUGCGUUAGAGGCGAGAGAAAAAGAAUUGUUAGGUAGAAUUGAAAAAGCUAAACUUAUCAAAUUUAGCGCGCUAAAAGCAAGAGACGAGGGUAUUAGGAUUGGAAUAUCUCGAUUGACAAGGGCUGCUGAUAAACUUACCGAAGCAAUGGAAUCGAAAAUUUUGGCCAGUAAUCCAUUGAAUUUAUUCCUCACUAAAGAUAUGGCUUCAGCAGAGAAUUUCCAUAUGGCUGUUGUAGCUGUAGUGAAAGAGUUAGAGAUAUUUCGUAUUCACCAAAGUCAACAAUCGCUACCCUCGCAAGAAGAAAAUUGGAUCUCGUUCAAUGGUUUAGAGGGUACUAUAAUGAAUGCUAUCGCAAAUCUUGGCGCUGUAGCAGUAAAUAAUCCAGGCCCCAUAGGAGAUCGGCGCCCUGUAAGAGGCCGUGGAAAUUCGCCUCAAUUGUUCCUUAGACAAAUAGCCAGCGCUCCAGUACCUAGAGGGAGACCAAUUCCUUCGAAUAGUUAUCCAGUCGUAGUCAGGAUGGAUCGCAAUUCCCAAUCGUCCGUGACUCCGCUGAGAAUAAUUGGGAAUGACGGCGAUGCCCAAGAUAAUCUGUGCCGCCCCUGGGGCAUUGCGUGUGAUAGAGAGGGGCAUAUUAUUGUUGCGGAUAGAUCGAACAAUCGAAUACAGAUCUAUUUCCAAGAUGGUUCCUUCUUAAGAAGAUUCGGUACACAUGGUACCGCACCAGGACAAUUUGAUCGUCCUGCCGGCGUAGCGGUUGAUGCCCGGCGUCGAAUAGUCGUGGCAGACAAGGAUAACCAUCGUAUACAGGUGUUGACGAUGGAAGGCCUAUUUCUUUUAUGUUUCGGCGAAAAAGGCUGUCGUGCCGGCCAAUUCAAUUAUCCUUGGGAUGUGGCGGCGAACUCCGAAUGCCAGAUAGUCGUAUCUGACACAAGAAACCAUCGCGUCCAAUUAUUCAGUCCCGAAGGUGUUUUUCUUCGUAAAUACGGCUACGAAUCCGCCCCGAACAUGUGGAAACACUUCGACUCGCCACGCGGAGUGGCGUUCAAUCCUGAUGGCAACGUCGUCACCACGGAUUUUAAUAAUCAUAGACUAGUGAUAAUUGAUUCCGACUUCGUGCAUGCUCGGGUAUUAGAAUGCGAAAGUCCAGGUGCUCCGAAACAGUUCCUAAGACCGCAAGGUCUGGUGAUCGAUGACGAAGGCAAUAUAAUUGUAGCCGAUUCUAGAAACCAUCGUAUACAAAUAUUUGAUUCGACUGGAACGUUACAAUGGCGAUUCGGUAAUUAUGGUAAAGAUGACAAUGAAAUGGACAGACCAUCCGGAAUAGCUUUAUGCCCAGAUGGUAGGAUCGUUAUCGUUGAUUUCGGCAAUAAUCGAGUUCUUCUUAUUUAAAAUGAUCUGUUCAUUGGUUGUGGUUGAAUGAGUGAGAUGACGGAAUGAUUGGGAGAAAGAUUUUAUACAAACGUUGAAAAAUAGUAAAAAAAAA